GAGAGAGAGGGAGGGGGAGGAGGAAGAGGGAGCUCUAUGUCUCUCCUGCAUCAGCGUCAACAUCACUGCCACACCAGCCUUCGUCACCAGAAAACAACGAGGAAGAUCGUCGCACAACAGAGAUAUGAAAAAAAGCACCAUCAGCACCAGCAGCUCCUCCUCCUCUUCCUCCACCAGACGAGCAUCCACAGAUUAGGCCAAGACGGUUCUACCUUUUCCAGGCACAGGCAUCUUAAAGCUCCCCAAGGCAGGAGGAGCUCCUAUAGGCAUGACCUGAGGGGAGGCAGGAAAGCAUCAAACGCUUAUCAUCAACAUGGGCAACCAGGAGGCUAAGCAAAAGAAAGCUGCAGCAGCAUCGGGUAAUGGAAGCUACCCUUCGCUGGAUGAAGGAUGGAGAGAGGGAGGAGGGGACAUCACAAAAAAAGGAGGAAAGAAACUCCACAGUAAGCAUGGAGGUAAAGGAGCAGGCAGCGGUGGAGGAGGAGGAGGAGGGGGGAUGCAUGGCACAGGACCAGGAAAGAAGAAAAACAAAUCAGAGUCCAAGUCCUCUGUUUUCUCCAUCCGGAAGAGAAAGGGCAACCUGAAAGGGAAAGGAGACGCGUGUUCAUCAGUAACAGGCUCAAAGGAGGACGUUUUAGCAUCUCAACAUGACGAACUGGACAGCACAAAAACACCUGAAAUGUCUGCAGAUGAGCUUGGACAGUCAGACACUGAGGCCGAGAAGAAAAAGAGACCAGAGCCGGGGAGAAAGGAUGGAGACGGACGGGAGCAGAGGCAGGAGGUGCAGCGGAAAGCCUCGACAGCAGCAACAUCUCCCGCAGAGGAUGGAGGGCAGAAAGGAGGGAGCUCAGGGUCGGACACAGAUAUAUACAGCUUCCACUCAGCAGCUGACCACGAGGAUUUGCUUGCAGACAUCCAGCUUGCUAUAAGGCUUCAGCACCAACAGCAUGGGGGGGUUAACUCAAUUGUGGAAGCACAGGAAGGGGAAGGGGAUCUGAGCUGGGGAGGAGGAGAGGAGAGGAGGAAGCAGAGUAAUGGGGUCAUUAAAUUAACUCCUCCUGAGGUGCUUGACCUGACCCCAGAAUUAGAGCUGGGCUCUGAUGCCCUGUCAUUCCUAGAGACAGGGACUCUGUCUGGCUCUGUCAAGCACGUGGACCAGCCUCCAGCACCACACCUCCCUUCGUACACAGAGGUGCAUGAGAGGAGGGAGGAGAAGGAAAAGGAGGAGGUGGAGCAUCCGGAGCUAAAUGGGAAGGGGCAGAGGGAGAGAGAAGCCUCUCUUUGUGUUGCCACAGGCACAAAAGACCAGCAUGCUUGGGUGCAGCAGCCCCCUCACACAGACAUCACCAUGGCUACUGCAGGGGGGGAAGCAGUCAGCCCUGUCGCCAUGACAACCAGUGCUAACAGCUUCCCUGAUCUCACAUUUGACAGUGCUGGGAAAACCUCGGGGGACGAGGAGGAAACUGGAGGUGAAGUAGAGGAGGAGAGGGAGCCCGGGGUGGAUGUGGAUCUCAGUCCUCCAACCGCAGACAGCCACAUCAAAAGUCCAGAACCCACCGAAGUGCUGAGCUCAGGGACCGUGUUUGGAGAAGGUGAGGGUCAGUUGGGCUCGGGUACCAGUGCAGAGUCCCUAGAGGACUGCUUGAGUGCUGGAUCCGAAUCCCACCACUUUGCUGCUGCCAGCACCAGUGCCUCCCCCUCCAACCAGGAGUGCAGGAGGAGCAGCGUGUCCUUCCUGCCUCCCCAGGAGAGCCCCACCCUGGCCAAACGACUCCUCAGGUCCACCCACUCAUCCACCUCCUCUAGCCCUGUGGUGAAACCCUACCCUCCCAUCUUCCCCUCCUACAUCAAGACUACCACGAGACAGCUAAGCUCCCCAGGACAGUCCCCAGCCCUGUCCCCCUCCCACAGCCCCCUGUCCCCGCGCAGAGCCAACCAUCACCUCCACAGGACGAUGGCUGAGGGUCAUCAGGUCCGUAGGCAGCGCUCUCGAAGCCUCGCUGGGCCUCUGAGUCGCUCAGCUGACUGGACGGAGGAGCUUGAGAGGAGGAUGAGGAGCAGAGAGGAGGAUGGAGGAGGUUCAGGAGAAUAUUUGGUGGGCUACAGAGGAGGAGGCAGUCAACCCAUCUGUGGUACCAGAAGAUCCUCCUGUGGACAGGUUUCUACCUGCGGCUUUCAGGACGUCUUCACAGGUCGAACUCUUCUGGAGAAGCUGUUCCUGCAGCAGCAACAGGAGGAGCCGGAGGAGGCUGAGAGGCUCUGCUCCAGGAUCUUGGCCAUAGGUCUCCUGCUGCCUUUCACUGACUGCUUCAGAGAGCAGCUGGGAGGCAGCACUACCCACAUCACCUCCACAGCAGCAGCCAAAUUUGACCAUGACCAGCUGUAUACAUGGGCCGCAGUUAACCAGCCGCCUCACUCCCUGGAUCCUCUUGAAGGGAAAAUACUACCAGGGCAGCUGAAGGGCCCCUGGCCUCCAACCAAACCAGGCGGAGACAACAGGACUGGACUCAAAUCCACAGAGGCAGAAGACAAUCAAGAACACCAUGCAGCCAACUUGGGUUUGAUGCAACAAGAGAAGGAGAGCCAACAGGAGGAGUGUGUCCUUCCUUCAGCUAAACUGAAGGAGAAACACGUCAACGUCAUCCAACAGCUGGAACAAACCAUAGAGGAUCUCAGGACUAAGAUAGCUGAGCUGGAGCGACAGCCCCCUCUGCUGGACAGAGACUGUAUGAAGCCCACCACCUCCACCACAGACAAGGAGUGUGGAGGAGAGGAGGGCCUGCUGAGGGUGGUGUGUGACGCUCACCUGCAGACUGAAGCAGCUCUGGCUCCAGGCUGCCUGGAGGCCAAGUCGGUGCAGACUUCGCCCAUGGACGACAGCUUUAAGUUUAAAGUGCCUUGUAGUGAGCCGGGUGGAGUCAACGGCUUCCUGCAGCCUCCACCCAGGCAGGACGGCUUCCAGUGUUCAUGUCAGCUGCAGCCUCCUCCUCCACCUCCGCCUCCACUUCCAGGAGGAGCAGUACCUCCUCAGUGUCUACCAGGACAGAUUGUGGCACCACCUCCUCCUCCACCAUUACCAGGAGGCUCAGUGCCAGCUCCUCCACCUCCACCUCCACCUCCAUUACCCCCUGGUUUGGCAGUUCCUCCACCUCCACCCCCACCUCCUCCUCCUCCACUUCCUGGUGGCCUUGCUCCACCCCCACCACCUCCUCCUCCUCCACUUCCUGGUGGCCUUGCUCCACCCCCACCACCUCCUCCUCCUCCUCCUCUCCCUGGUGGCAUUGCUCCACCUCCUCCUCCAUUACCAGGAAUGGGAGGUCCACCUCCUCCGCCACCACCUCCAGGCUGUGGGCCUCCUCCACCACCUCCUCCACCAGGAGCCAUCUCGGUACCCCCUGGUCUUCCAGGGGCUCUGGGCUCCCUGCCUCCUCCUUUGCCGUUGGGGCUGUACGCUCUGGGUCUGACCCAGGAGAAGCCACCCAGGAAGGCUGUGGUGGAGCCUCCCAGACCAAUGAAGCCCCUCUAUUGGACCAGGAUCCAGCUCAGCAACAAAAAGGAUGUUUCCAAUUCAUUGGUGUGGGAGACCAUUGAGGAGCCUGACUUGGACUUUGAGGAGUUUGUAGAAUUGUUCUCUAAAACAGCUGUGAAGGAGAAGAAGCAGCCGCUCUCUGACACCAUCACCAAGUCCAAGGCCAAACAGGUUGUUAAGCUCCUAAGCAAUAAGCGUUCUCAGGCAGUAGGAAUCCUCAUGUCCUCCCUGCAUCUGGACAUGAAAGAUAUCCAACAUGCCAUCCUGAACCUGGACAACACAGUGGUUGACCUGGAGACCCUGCAGGCCCUGUAUGAAAAUAGGGCCCAACAGGAGGAGCUGGACAAGAUUGAAAAGCACAUCAAGUCCUCAAAAGACAAGGAGAAUGCCAAACCUCUGGACAAACCUGAGCAAUUUCUCCACCAGCUCUCCCUCAUCCCAAACUUCUCUGGCAGAGUCUUCUGCAUCCUCUUCCAGUCCAGCUUCUCUGAGUGCAUGUCGUCCAUCAUGAGGAAACUGGACACACUGCAGAGGGUAUGCAAGUUGUUGCAGGACAGUGAGACGGUGAAGCAGGUUCUCGGUCUGGUUCUGGCUUUUGGAAACUUCAUGAAUGGUGGUAAUCGAACCAGAGGUCAAGCUGAUGGCUUUACCCUCGAUAUCCUGCCCAAACUCAAAGACGUCAAGAGCAGCGACAGCAUGAAAAGUCUUCUGUCGUACAUUGUAGCGUACUACCUCAGACACUUCGAUGAGGAUGCUGGCAGAGAGACGUGUGUGUAUCCUCUCCCUGAGCCUCACGACCUGUUCCAGUCUUCACAGAUGAAGUUUGAAGACUUUCAGAAAGACUUGGCUCGACUCAGGAAGGACCUGCGAGCGUGUACAUCAGAAGUGGAAAAGGUGUGCAAGGUCUCAGACGAAGACAACCUGCAGCCUUUUAAAGACAAGAUGGAGGAGUUCCUGGUACAAGCUAAAAGUGAACUGGAGACCCUGGAAACUCAACUCAGCAGUACUCACAAACUGUUCCUGGAGCUCACAGUGUUAUUCUCAGUGAAGGCCAAGGCAGGUGAGAAAGAGACUUCACCCCACACUUUCUUCAGCAUCUGGCAUGAGUUCUCCUCUGAUUUCAAGGACCAGUGGAAGAAGGAGAACAAAGUCAUUCUCAAGGACAGGUUAAAAGCGGCAGAAGAGUGUUUCCGGCAGGCCAAGGAGAAGGCUUCCUACAGCGUCAAACCCAAACAUGCCUCUGGCAUCAAAGCCAAGCUUGGCAUGAAGAUUUGAAUUAGUGGACAUGGAAUGCUUGUUUUCCUGACUUUGGGCACCAGCAGUGAUUCAAAAGACAAAAAAAAUAUGAAGUGGACAGAAGACGAAAAUGAAGUGAUGUAUGUGCAGCUGAGCCUACUCUGGACAUCUUGUUUCGAUGAUUUAUUUCUUCCACUUACGUUUUGCGUGCUCUGUCAGCUUGAGGCCUUAUGUUGCUCUCCUGUCUGAUAACUGAAUUCAACACAAUCAUGGAUGAAUGCUGCUGAAGGGCCACCAGGCACCAGGAAUCAUGGGCUGCUGGGAUCACCACAGCUCAGAAACAACAUUCGCUGGAAUAAUAACAUACUGUCUGUGCAGCCUGUAUGCCUACAUGUAUAAAAAACAGAUGUCUUACUGAUUAAGAUUUUUCAACACAAUAGAAAAGGAAAACACAGUUCAACACAACCCAUGUCAUAAAUCACAUCAGUAGCUUAAAUAAUUAAGGAAUGUAACUUCAAACUGUUAAGCAAUCGGAUCCACCAGAUGUGAAAGCUUGUUUGCAGUAAGAUUUUGUGAACGUAGCUUGGAAAUAAUGGAGAAAACAGCACAGGAGAAUUUAAGGCUGCAAGGCAAACCUCAACUACUACAGGAACAGCACUUAUGGGUCAAAGCCCCGGAAUGGAAACUGUGGAGCCAGUUUGGGUCCGAUUGGGGUAUACAUGCAGGAGUAAUUCGACUCCCCAUCACAUUAUCUGGGUAUGUUAGUCAGACUUUGAGAAAUUUAAUUUAGUACGAUUUCAGUCCGACUAACAUGUUUACAUGUAAUUUUGAAAGUCCAGUUUUAGUCAAACUAACACAAUAAAUCGAUUUUCUCUAAUGUCAUGAAAAUGUACUGACUGAAGGAGCCAGGCACUAAUAUGCACUUGGAUGUGUUAUUCCAUGACUUGUGUGUUAAGGCAGCGCACUUUUGAUUUACUUUUCUACUCAACAUACAUUUAACAUGUUUGUUACACAUACUACAUCAGCAUGCAACAUGAUUAAUGAAGCUGAACUUAAAGAUACACUAUGCAGGAUUUUGUUAAAAAAACAACGUAUAGACUAAUACAAAGGUAUUCCCUCUCAUUCAUCACUUAUGACCUACUAGAAGUGUGUGGUGGUGUAUUUAUCCAGCCCAUUCUCAUUCCCAGGUCGUCAUAUACUGACACUUCAUCACACACCCCCGGCCUACGAUACAGAGGGCAAAGGCACCUUCAGCUAACUCCAAUGACCAAAAGUCAACAUUUUUUUAACAUACUGUUACGCAAGUUAUGUAGAUCCCAUGUGAAAGCAAAGGUCAACCUUGUUUUGAUGUGGCAUUACAUAACUUUAACACAGUCUCAAAGAAAUACACUGCUCAAAAGAAUUAAGGGAACACUGAAAUGACACAUCAGAUCUUGAUGAAUGAAUUGUUCAAGUUGAAAAUCUUUACUGAUGUUCAUUGUAGAAUUUGUUGAGAACAAAUUGGCAUAACAGGACUCAGUAGAAAACAAAAUCAUCAAUGCACUGAUGGCUGGAUUCCAAAUCACACUGAAAAUCAAAGUAAAAAAUUUAAAUCGAGGCUGAGCCAACUUGUGUGAAUUUUAUCACAGCAACUCAUAAUGUGACUCAGUAGUAUGUAGGGUCCUGGCGUGCCUGUAUAGACUCCCAACAAUGUUUGGGCAUGCUCCUGAUGAGUCUGUAGAUGGCGUUCUGGGGGAUCUCCUCCCAGACCUGGAUCAGGGCAUCAGUGAGCUCCGGGACAGUCUGUGGCUGUAAAGGGACGUGACGUACUUAUGUGACUCACAUGACACACGUGACGUAGGCUAUGUAUGUUAUGUUACAUACUUAUUUUAACUUGAAACAUUGUGUUUUUUCGAAGUCUAACCAAGUAGUUUUGUUGCCUAAACCUAACAGCAACCAUUUGACAGCAUUAACCACUUGUUAAAACGUAUUUCAUCUCGGAGACAGUUGUGUGUCUCAUACAGACACUUAAGGAUGCGCUGUGUGUCUGUUUGAGAUGCAGAGUGUUGGUGUUUGACGACCUGAGAAUGAGAAUGGGUUGCUUAAUCUGUAAAGACUUGUUUUAUUCUUCAUGAAAGGGUAGCAACCAGGUACCAGACCCUGAGCAUCAUUGAGGAAGCUAAAAGGAAGCUUCAAAAAUCACAGACAGAGCACACAAAAAACACAGAUAUAGCCAAAGAGCGUAAUUCUUGGGUUGGCUUUCACUUUAGUUGGCGAUACUGUUUACAGACAGUAACUGAAAAUUUCUGCAUAGUGUGCCUUUAAUGGUUCAUUCUUGACCAUGGAAACAUCAUUUAACAAAACAAUUUCAACUCAGUUAAAUGUAGUAGAAAGCUGGGCAAUUGGCUGAAGAAAAAAUAACAUUACAAAGCAUUUUAUAUUUUGGUUCAUAAUUCCUCAACCCUGAGGUGUACAAUACAAGCAAAAUCAUUUUUCUUGAUGUGUUUCUUUAAGAUUACACCUGUUUUUCCACCAUUUUGCAUUUUAAAAAACAAAAAAGGGUUUUCCCCCAUUCUUACUAUUUUCAUCCAAUCUUGAGUCUCCUCUUAUAUGGAGUAAUGUUAUUAUUGCAACUGAUUAUUGGCCAACAUUAUUCAUCUUGAAUGGUUAUAACCCUUCAGGCUAUUCUCAUGCACUGUUCAUAAGUUUUCCUAUGAAAAAUAAUGCACCAAAAUUUGUACAUAUCCCACAUGAUGAUGAGCCAGUAAUUUGUGUGUAACUGAUGUAUUUGAGAAGGCUGCAAUCACAAGACCAGUGCACUGACAGGAGUAAAGACGGAAGUGGUCCCUUUAAGGAGGCAGGUGGGGGUGGUGUGUCAGGACUUUCCCAAGGAGACCGCUGUUACUGAACUUUCAGUAAACUUUGACUUAUUUUAAGAUAUGUUGUCUCCAGAUUUGUUUUUGUAAAACUAGUUUACUUGCCUAAACCUAACCAUGCUUUUGUUGAUAUUCCUGUAUUGGCAUUCCGGAACUUGGGAUGAGAAGUGUUGAAAGUUACAUACAAUGUAACUUUCAACAUGGUUAGGUUUAGGCAAGUAAGGUUACACAGGUUAGAUUUAGGAAAGUAAAGUCAUGUAAAGUUAUGUAGGGUUAGGUUUAGGGAGCAAAAGCACAUGGCUACCAAUGCCAGGACUUCAACAAAAGCACAUAGUUAGGUUUAGGCUACAAAAGCAUGUGGUUAGGUUUAAAAAAGAACAUCAUGGUUUGGCUUUACAUUCACAAGGGAAGCAAACAUCGGGCUCCUGGCUGACAGUCCACAUUAUGUCCAGUGGCAUUAUAAACUGAUGCCAGCCAGCAUCGUAUAUAUGAACUGCAGAAGAUGGCUCUUGGUGACAGGUGUCUGACACCAAAAUCACUGACCACGUGGUGGUACUCAACAACUUUGGAAUGAGAACGGACUGUAACUUUACUUGCCUAAACCUAACUUACGCAAUUUUAGUUGCCAAAACCUAACCAUGUAACUUUACGUUAAAUAUGUAACAUCAUUUGUGGGGUGCUAAUUCGUAGGAUGUCUUAUGAAGUGUAUGAGGAUACAUUGAACCCUUGAAUACACUGGACCACUGCAACCAAAUGUAGGAGGCACUACAAUAAUAUAUGUUUAAAUGGCUCAAAUGGCUGACUCAUGUUAAAUUUUCAAAUUCAUUUUAGCCCAAAGCCUUAAUAAAUAGCUACUCUCUAAGAUUUUGAUCACCAUCAGAUAACAGCAGGAUUGUCCGUUACUGUUUUUUAACUGAAACAUUUUAAGAAACUUAACAUUUCUGCACACAUUUGUAUUAUUAAUUAUUGUUAAUAAUUAAUUAUUUUAGGGGAUUUUGCAGCUUUGGUGAAAGUAUGAAGGUAGAAUAUUUCUUGUUUUGUUUUAUCCUUUGAACUUGACCUGGGCGCGUGAAGCAAUCCCAGCAAAUACACAGAGCCAGGCCUCAGCAGCAACUAAAGUAAGAGAGGAUGAAAUAGACUGUGAAAGUGAUGCAUUAAUUAGCAGUACUUGUGGACACUUGGUGAUAUCUGGUUAUAUUGUGCAAAUAUUACUGACAGCUACAAAAAACUUUGUUGAGAAGUGACGAAAAUCUGGAUUAUCCCAGACGACAGCCAUGGAAACGUCCUUUUAAAUGCCGCAGUAAUCCACCUCACCUCAUUAUCAGCACCCUCUACAUGGACUUUUACACACUACCACAAUGCUGUUUUUGAUUCUACAUCCUGAUUGUCCAAUCAGAUUUAGCCUCUUAAUAGAGAAUCAAACUCAGUAUGUCUUUGUAUAGCAGUGUUAAUGUGCAGGAGAAGAAUGUCACUGUAAACUUACAUGUGUAAUUUUAAUGUAUGUUCAAUGAUAUGCCAUAUCACACCAGAUAUACCAUAGGAAGUGUGUGUGUGUGUGUGUGUGUGUGUGUGUGUGUGUGUGUGUGUUUUCUCAUUAACUGGUUGAUCACAUCUCUGUGGUUGAAAGCUGUGAUGGAGGAUAUGUAUGGUGCAUUAAAUUAUAGCUAUUGAAUUUUGUUGCAGAGUUAAUGACUUUAUCAAUGUAAGGUAAUAAAUUGUUAAAAAAAAAAACAUAACUGUGAGACACAUUUUGUGUUUCUUUCAUUGAUGUCCUUUUAUGCUGGCCAGCAUGAUACUCUCAACAGGAACAUGAUGAAGUUUGAACAGUUUCAUGUGCAAUAAAUGUUUGUGUGUACAUGUAUAUGCGGAGAAUGCAUGGGGUCUGGGAGUGGUGUAAUUUAUGUAAA